GUUGAAUCUGCCCGACACCUUCAUGCUCAUCCGCCGACCCUUCUGCUUCGUGCGACGGCUCUCCAAGCUCGGCAACAGACCACCGCCACAUGCAUGGACAGCGCAUUACUCCGUCCUCCUCGUAAAGCAUCCGCUGGUCACGAAAACCCUCACAAGCGCUGCCUUGGCCGGAAUCGGCGACGUCGUGUGCCAACUUGGCGUCGAGCACGCCGACACCAUCGACUUCCGCCGACUAACUGUUUUCACGGCCAUCGGUGGCAUCUACAUUGCCCCACUGUUGCACGUUUCCUAUGGCAUGCUCAACCGCAUGUUCGCCGGGAUCUCCGCCAAAGCCGUGCUGCAGCGCGUGGCCGUCGAUCAGUUGGUCCUCACACCAGCAUUCUUCGUGUCGUACUUUGCGCUCAUGCAAACAGUAUCUCCUACCGAUGUCUCCAUCACCGACAAACUCCGACACGACUGGUGGCCCACCGUUCAAGUCAACUGGAUCGUGUGGGUACCCGCCCAGUUGAUCAACUUUGGCUUUAUCCGACCGUCGUACCAAGUCCUGUUCUCGAACGUGGUGAGUCUCUUCUGGAACGCCUACAUGUCAUUUGUGAGCCAUCCCCACGACGGCGACAACGACACUCUACCGCCAUCCCAUGGUUAAUCCAUUGAGUUUG